CGCUUACAGUCCCUUUAAUGAAGAAAUCUGAAUUUUUAAUCAUAUUUUUAUUUCACUUUAGGUCCGGGAUCACAAAAGAGUCCAAGAAGUGGAAAAGUCAAUUUGCUGGUUUGUGAUCUAUCGGAGCUGCAGUUUACAAUUCCAGACAAUAUUUUGAACCGAUUGAAGAAGAGUAAAUACUUCCUGGAGAAACCAGGGCAGUACAAGAUCCUCCAGCCUUGGAAAGCAGACAAAUUCACUCAGAUUGAUCCUAACCUACCCCAAGGAUUCAAGUUAUGGGCCCGGACGAGAAAAAAUAAAAUGCACACCGAUCGAGAAUAUAUGACUCCAGAUAGAACUAUCUCCUUCAGAUCUAAAACUGCUUGCAUUGAAUAUAUCAAAUUACUAGAUAACCUUGAGUUACCCUCAAAUCCUCAAGUUGUAGAAUCACUAAUAUCUGGACGCAGUCCUCCCCCAGAAGAGACACUUGUAAAAGCUUCUACUUCACGAACCUCUUACCAAAGCAAGUGGCCGAAUUUAGGCCCAACGCUAAAAGUCAUGUCUGGAACCAAACCAGCAAAUCCUGGAGGCCUUAUUUGCAAGCCAUUGUCAGCACUGAAGGAUGAAGAACCCCUACCUGAAGAUCAAAUUAAGAACCUUUUUGAAACUCAUUCAAACUUACUGAAAACAACCUUGGGUCCAGAUGUAUAUGAGCGCAUAAGGAUUCAAGUAGGCCUGGUUAAAAGGAAUAUACUGUCUAAGAAUACAAAGCUAAAAUUGUCAUUGACUUUAGCAAAUAUAACCCAACACUUGGAUUCAAAUAUCCUGGUCUAUUCGCCAAUAACAAAUCCUUCCCUUGAAAUUACAAAAUUUUUAAACCUGUACUUGUUGGCUAAUAAAACUGAACCAAAUAAUCCUGAUGUUAGGGCAAUACAAAUUCUCCUCCAUGUUUCCAAAAAAGAACUUUAUGUGACUAAGGAUAUUCCAAAGUUCUUGAUGAUCUACCACAGAUUAAGAUCAAAGAUAUUCAUCCCAAUCCUUGAGCGGAUUGAACUGCUGAAGGCUGAAUUUUGCAACCCAAACCAUGUUCACAUCUUUUCCGUUCCAAAGGAAUUACGUGCACAUAAAUAUCUUUGGUCUUUGGCCCCUCUAUUAAGACACGAGCUGUUGAUGAAGUUAGAGGAGGAGUUUGAUUUUGAGUUUUUGUAUUUGUUGGAAAAGAAGAUGCCACAGGCACCUGUUCAAUGUCCUGAGUCCCUAGUUCAAUGUUCUGUGGCCCCAGCUCAAUGUCCUGUGAUAUCAGUUCAACGUCCUGUGGCACCAGUUCAAUUUCCUGAGACAUCAGCUCCAAACCCUGAGAUGCCAGUUCAAACUUUUGGAUGUCCCUCCUGUUUGGUUCCCUGUGAGAACCUUACAGUACUUGUCCAUCAUUUUGCAUCAAAGCACUUCCAUAAAAGAUUCCUCAAGGUGGUCAGCAGCACAAAUUGUAAUUUAUGCAAUGCAUCUUUUGCUGUAAAGGAAGAUGUUUUUAAACAUGUUGCAUUAAUCCAUGGUAGGAUAACCAUUGACUAUGUGGUUUGGAGCUGCAAUUUGUGCAGCUUCAAGCACAAGGAGAGACAGAGUCUAAUUAACCACUUUACUGAUAAACAUGCCUUACAAAUGUCUGAGAUAUCCUCACAGUUAAAGCCUGUAAGUCUGAAUCAUUUGCCCUGUCAUGUAUCUGAUUGUGCUCAAGUUCACAACUUUCAAGAUAUGAAGAGUCAUGUUUUUUCUGCUCAUGCCAAAGAUCAGAUUACUUCAGCCUGCCGACUACUUAUAACGGAGUCUAAAAUUCAGAAAAGGUGUAUCUACUGCAGUUUAUCUUUUGUUUCUGGAAACAAGAUUCAUGACGAUUCAUUUAUCACCUAUCACUAUGCAAUUCAACACAGCAUGAUUUUAAACUAUAUGGGGCUCAAUAAAGAGUGCUCCCUUCGAGUAGUCUUCAAUAAGGAUAUUCCUUCAAGUCCAGCUCCUGUAAACUUAGUUGAUGAGGAAGAUGACAGAUCUCCAAUAGCAGAGGAUUCACUUACUGAAAUGAAUCAUGGUCAUGGUAGAGUGAUAAAUUCCAGAGCAGCUACCCAAGGAAAUUCAAUGAAUCAUUCACAAGGAAGAUCAAAGCAAGACGGAGAAAAUUCCCUUGAGUACUGUAGCAUUUGCAAGAAGUAUCUCAUCAAGAAGAAUUUUUUACAGCAUGUGGUGACAACUCAUUAUGCGAACAAAAUUGCCAAAGAGCUCAAAGAACAUGGGUGUAAGCCUAGUGAUAAAAAAUGUUCAUUGUGUAAGGCUAAGUUUACCUGUGGUUUGGAAUUCCAAACUCACUUUGCUCUUACACAUUCAUCCAAGUUUGCAAGUUUUCAAGCAAUGUCAGAAGAUAUUAAGAAAGAGGUGGUUGAAAAUCAGAACAGUGAAGAUUUAGAUCAAACUUUGCAGGAGCAAAGAUCAGAAAAUGAUGAUUUAGUGGAGAUUAUUGACACUAAGCCAACAGUUCUACAAGAAACGCAUUGGGUUCAAGAGUUUAAAAGUUUUUGUCAAGGAAAGGCAGUUGCUGUCGGGUCGGGCAAUAUGAACUUUACAAUAAUUAACCAGGUCAUGUUAGAAAGUUUUCUUGAGAAGGUAACAACAAUUCCUGAAAAUAUAUCAAAGGUGGACAUCAUAGUGAAUGAGUUGGAAGCCAUCUCUUCUAUUUCUCUAGCUAAACUUGAAACAGUUACUAGACACUCUCUGCUAAAGGAUUACAUGGAGAAGUGUGCCCAAGUAUCAAGCACCAUCUACAAGAUUCCACCCAUGCAUGUGGUCAUAUUUCUCUCCCAGCUUAUGGUAAAGCCAAAUGUAGGAAAUGAUGACAUAUUCUGGCUGAUGAAGAGAAUAAAUGCAAUACACGAUCCUAUUGAUGGAAGUCCAAUUGGAAUGGAUAAGAAGAUAUUUGACUUUUUCAAAGCCAUUGGAUUUUCCAGUUCCUAUGAAAUGUUUAAAAUGUUCAUGCAAAAAUCAGUACCUGAGUCUCAAAGUGAUAUUUCUUGUGAUCAGUGCAACAGGCAGUUUACUACCAUGAAAGCCUUGAAAGUACACAAGUUCAGACAACACUCCAGUCCAGGGAAGAAAUCGAUCCCAAGUGUUGCCACACCUGGUUCAUCCAAGAGAACAAUCCCAAUGGUUUCCAGUACACCUGGUUCAUCCAAGAAGCCUAUCCCUAGUGUUUCCAACACACCUGGUUCGUCUAAGAAGCCUAUCCCUAGUGUUUCCAGUACACCUGGUUCAUCCAAGAAGCCUAUCCCUAGUGUUUCCAGUACACCUGGUUCGUCUAAGAAGCCUAUCCCUAGUGUUUCCAGUACACCUGGUUCAUCCAAAAAGCCUAUCCAUAGUGUUUCCAGCACACCUGGUUCGUCUAAGAAGACAAUCCCAAAUGUUUCCAGUACACCUGGUUCGUCUAAGAAGGCAAUCCAAAAUGUUUCCAGUACACCUGGUUCGUCUAAGAAGGCAAUCCAAAAUGUUUCCAGUACACCUGGUUCAUCAAAGAAGGCUAUCACAAAUGCUUCCAAUACACCUGGUUCAUCAAAGAAGGCUAUCACAAAUGUUUCCAAUACACCUGGUUCGUCUAAGAAGCCAUGUCCAAGUGUUCCCUGUUCACCUAAUACUGUUCAACUCAGCAGUAAUGGAGUUAAACAUCCUGGUGCCAUCCCUAACUUAGGAAACUUUGGAUGUACUGUAUGUGGCACGUUUUAUAACAACCAGAGUAGUCUGAACAAACAGAUAAAUACGUUAGAUCACCGCAUAGCUGCUAAGUUUCCCACAAAUCCAGCUGAAACUGAAGGUUUAAGUGAAGUAAAUAAAGUUGAGGCGGCAUAUACACAUUUCUGUGAAAAUUGUGAAGACUGUGAGGAUGGGUGCAUCCAUAUCACUCACCCUGUUUAUCCGGUAAACAGAGACAAACAUACAGCGUAUACAGGGCACACUAAAUACAGGGAAAUGAAGGAUAACAUGCACCUGUUUCUGAAGAAUGUAACCUGUUCUCCCCAAACGCAUUCUCAACUGUUGAAAGAUCAGCAUUCACCGCCAUCUCAGGUCAAAGAACACCAAGUUCUGAGAUUGGGUGUACUAGUCAAUGAAACUCUGGAAGAAGAAAGAGUAGAAGAUGAAGAAGAGGAAGAUGAGGAAGAUCUAAGGAAACGGAAGAAGAUUAAAUUAAGUGAAUCUUUGUCUGAGAUCGGUGUCGGGUAUUAAACUUGAAGAUACUCGGAGCCUCUUCUGCAGACACAGAACAAGUUCGCAGAUAUCGGAGGAACAUACAAUAUUAGGAGGUUUCGGAAGAACCGAUAAUGUCCGAUCGGAGGAACAGAUAUCUUUCCGGGGGUAUCGGUGGCCUUUAUAUAGUAAAUAAAUCGUAAAUUUGUCGGAGGAAAAUUAUCUUGAAAUUCAGUUCUAUCUCUCUGAUAGACAUGAAACAGUGUUAAAAUAUUUUAUAUGUCAUAGUUGAAAAUUCAAGUGUAAUGGCGGAAACCAUGGUCUAAGAAAUUAGAGAAGUAUUAUUUUUUUAUUCAAACUUCCUUUGAUAAACAACCUCUGUUGUGUAAUUUUAACUCGCAUUUAUUUGAAAAUGUCAACAUUGUUAAAACGACACUUUGACUGCUAAAAUAAAAAUUUUCAUUAAAAA